AUGGCGGAUAAGAUGGAGGGCGUAGUAAUGGGCGGAGGUCUUGUAGAUCCGAGCAAAUACCCGGUGCCCAUCGAAACAAUUUACGUCAACAACCUCGAGGAGCGCGUCAAGAUCGACACGAUUAAGCAAGCCCUGACUCGAGUCUUCCAAUACUACGGCCCAAUUCUCGAUGUCAUUGCUAAGAGCAGCUUGAAGCGGAAGGGACAGGCGUUCAUCGUCUUCGACAGCGAGAAGUCUGCACUGGAAGCUGUGGAGGAGAUGAAUGGCUUCGAGAUGUACGGAAAGGUCAUGAAGGUGUCUAGGGCAAAAACACACAGCGACGAGACGGUCAAGCGAAAAGCUACGGAUAUGUUCGACGACCACAAGCGGAAGCGACUGAUGCUGAAGGAUUUCAAGCGAGCGGAAGAGGACGCCAAAGCGCAAGCGAAUCCCGCAGUCACGGCCGAGAAGCCUCGCGCAGCCAAGACAGGAGCUGCUGCUGUCCCCGACGAAUAUGUGCGACCGAACAAGACGCUCUUCCUACAGAACAUUCCCCGCGACGUCGACGAAGACGAUCUCACAACGAUAUUCGAGCGCUUCGAAGGCUUCAAGGAAGUGCGUUUGGUUUCAGUCAGGUCCGUCGCCUUUGCCGAGUUCGAGAACGAGCAGUUUGCGAUUACGGCGAAGGAGGCGACGGCGAAUACACCGAUUGGCGCAGAAGGCAAGCCCAUGAAGGUCACUUACCAGCGACAGUAG